AGUUUGAGAAUUGUGAACUAGUUCAUCUAGUUCACGAAAAUGAUUCGUUCAUUUGAACCGUUCGUUCGCGAACUACUCAUCUCUAGCUUCAACUUUUCUUCUAAAUUCUGAAAGUUAUAUUGCGUUUACAUUAUUGUUUAUCAUGGGUUUGUGUAAUAUCGAAUGUGUAGAAAGAAUAGCGCAAUAUCUCGAUGUUUCUCCAGGAAAGUUGCAAGUUUCUGAUAAAAAUGUAGUAUUUAUUCCAGAGUAUGCAGAAAAGAAUUUACCAUCCAUUCAAGGCUUUAGCACUAUUGUGCAAGAGCUUGUAAGGAGUUCAAAAUGUUCUGAUAUACUUGGUAAUGAGAAAGAAACACAAGCAUUGAUACAGCAAUGGCUAGAAUAUAUUGUAAUCUGUAUCAAUUAUGCGGAUGUUCCUGUCAAUGCCAACAGAAUAUUAAAUGAACUCAAUACGAUAAUAAAAGAUAUACCAUAUAUAACUGGUACAAAGAAGACUAUUGCAGAUAUUGCGUUGUAUUACGUUUUACAUUCCAUCAUGAAAGAAUUAAGCCUUCAGCAAAAGGCACAAUAUAUUCACGUAUCGAGAUGGUUCGACAAUAUCCAGCAAGAAGAGAAAUUGAGACGGGAAUUAGAUCUAAUAUCUUUUAACUUCAUACAUCUGUUUGUAUAAUUAAAAUAAAAUGUUUUUAAUUUAUUUUACCAUGUUUAUGCGA